GUCAGAGUUAUUUUUAAACAUUGUGAAAUAGCUGUGCACCAAAUUAUUAGCGAUUUCAAAAAGACGAGAGGAAAGGUCAGACGAUCGACCCAGUGAAGAUCUGGAGUAGAAUUUCACGAACAGCCAUUGACAUUGUUCAAAGCUUCGAAAGGAUUUACCCUACAAGACUUCUGCCUGUGGCUUUGAAAACCUGACCAAGCCAAGAUGGGAAACACACAGGGUAAUGUCCCCCAAGGGUCGUUGAAUGUCACCACGAUGCAAGGUCCUCAGGGCGCUGUCCAGUCGGGGGCCCACUCGCCUCUACCAGUUGACACCGUGCCCUAUAGAGGGCCCAAGCUGGAGUAUCUGAUGAUCAAUAUCUCGGCUAAGAUGAGUGUACAACCUGGAUUCUUUCAAUCCAUGAUCACAACAAACGUGGACGAGUACUACCCGACUCUGGUUCAACCGUACCAGCAUGGCUUCAAGAUGAUUCAGUUUCAGACGAUACCAGGGGUGAGGUCCCAGGCAGGAUGGUUCAGCCAAGCAGUCCCAUUCCAAGCUGUGCUCACAAGACCCAUUGGAGUGCCUCCUCCCAAUGAGCAAUGGAAUCUACAAAUAGUCAAGAGCUUUAUCGAGCUCCAAAUAUUUUACUCUUUCACAUCGUGGUCCACCAAUGGUCAGACGGCAAACACUACUGAUGUUAUGGCAAAGAUCAUGGAUAUGUGUCAGAGAGGGGCCAGGCUUAUCUGUAUUGAAGCGACAGGAAUGCAGCAGAAUCCGUCAUUUUCGUCAGGACUGCGUGGUCAUGCUGGCACCAUCGGAGUGGACCUGCUCUUUCACAUUCCGCAGCACCCCAACCCGACCCCUUACAUAUACCAUGGCAUCCAUGUGCCUAUUACCUACACGGUGCAAGCGGGCUUUGGCAUACCCUCCUACCAGUGUAUGACGGACCUCAACGCCCAGUUCGGUGCCUUCCUGAACCAAGGAUGGAAGCUAGUGGAGAUUAAUUUGGACUCUUCGCAGAUGCAAAGAACAACUGGAUUUACUACUGGGCAGAUCUCUAUGAAUUCCAUGUGGUUCUUUGAGAAGGAAGCUGCAUAUGCGAACGACUCCACACCAAAAUGGCAGGGAACUAUCAUAACAUACCAACACAAAGUCAAGGCUCAGUUCGGUGGUGUAGCAGCAUCAAGGCAUAACUGGGACCCCAUCCUGGUAGAGAUGGGUCAACGUGGUUGGGAGUUGGCUUGUAUCCUGGAAACGCCUGAAACACGCCAGAGCGGACUCACCUCGGCAACCACGACUGUCCUUUUGUUCUUUCAGAGGCCCAUCAUUCCCAUGUAGAUCUCCGUCUUGUAAGCAUGCGGAACCAUGGGGAAAUCCUUGGCUCAUGGCAUGCAUAUAUUCAGUCCGAUUGGUGAUUUCAAGUGUUAUUGUUGGUGUUGAGAGCUUGAAAAGGGAUCUCAGACGCCUACAUUAGGUUUGG